CGUACGUCAGUAUACAUUAUUGCGCAGAAGAUAUCUAUUUUAUUAUUAUUUGUUAUUAUACUCUCCUUUAUUCAUUAAAAUAUAAUAUAUUUAUACAUUUAGUAAGAAAAAAAAAAUUAUGAACCGAGGUCUAAAGCGUAGAAAUUCAGAAGAUGAAGAAAUGGAAGAGUCUUCAAUUAAGCCCUUGUAUAGACUGUCUAAAAUAAAGAAUUCAGAUUUAAAACGACAAAAGACAACAUAUCAAAAGAGAUCAACUAGAAGUGCUUUGCUAGAUACACUGGAUAAAGAAAAUCUAAUCAACAUUAUCAAUUCGUUACUACAAAAAGAACCCGACUUGAAAGAAGAUAUAAUGAAAUACAUUCCUGCACCAACUGUAUCAUCAUCUAUGAAUGUGCUGCUAGACAUGGAAAAGAAAUUUUAUCACAGUUUUCCAUUUAAUAAAAAUGGGCCCGGUAGAGAUGAUUACACAUUUACAAGAGUGAGAGACAAUUUACUCGACUUGAUUGACACAAUUACUCAGUAUGCAAAUCAUUUUACAACUUCCAUUCAUGUAUUUCCUUCUACUUGUUUUACAUUUCUUGAUCAUGCCUCACAUAUAGCUUACAGAUUACCUAUUUGGGAUAAUGAUGAACACAAUAAUCUUAAAAGAGAUUUAUAUCAAGAUUUAAAUAAUUUCUGGAAACAGGCUAUAAAGACAACAGCAGCCAAUUUACGUCAAGCUGAAUAUUAUAGUCCAGAAUCAGUUAAUGAAUGGGCCAAGAGUCUUGCUCAACAUAAUAGUGUUACAGGUGGUUAUUAUAUAGAAGCUGUGCACGAAUUUAUUAAUCAAUUAGGAUCUAUGAUUGGCUUAUCAGCAAAUAAUUAUAAUGAAUUUACUAAUACAAUCGCUAAUAUCACUAGUCCAUCUUUAUGUCAUCUUGCUUCGUUAGAAACCACUUUAACAUCACCUUCUGUUGUUGGUGACAGAAGAUGAAUAUAAUAUAUCCUUAUGUACACAAAUCCUUGAACAACAACA